GUCAUAAAGAAGGUGGUGUCCGCGUCGUCUUGGGGUAAAUUAUUACCAGGCGAUUGCGAGAGGGCUUUGGGGGGAGGAAACUUGGUCUUUGUGUGCUUAUAUUCUGCCCUCCCAGAGGAGGGGUCCCAUCUGCUGUGGAAUGCUCGAUCCUCUCAGGGUUGUCAGGCUAAAAGGAGGAAGAUAUGCGAGUGAAUACAAAUUGACCUUUCCGGAGACAGUCUGGGACGUGGGAAUCCAUCUAUGUUUUCGUCUGCACCCGAUCAAGUCCGCCAAGGCAGAACGGACUUUCAAAGUCAGAGGAGAAACAAUCUUGGACCACUUGGUGUUCUGGUUCGGCCGUGCGGACCUGCAGGUGAAGACACGCCGAUCCCUCUUCUGGCAAGAAGGCUCUACUCACCCCGAUUAAGAAGGAGGCGGAAUGGCAAUUUAAGUGUUUCAUUGAGUGGAAAAAUCAAGAAGGACUUAGGAUACCGAGAGCUUCGUGGACAGAACGAAAAGGGAAGGAAGAAGAAGGUCCGAGAAGGUAAGCGAGAUGGGAGGAAGUGAAUCUAAGGCAACUGUAUUGGAGUGCAUGAUUAAGAAUUUUAAGGGAUUUGGCGAAGACUGUGGGGUGAAGAUGACGCCUAACCGACUCCGCAGUCUGUGAGGUUGAAUGGCCCUCUUUGGGAGUAGGAUGGCCACCAGAGGGCACCAUGGACUUAGAAACAAUAAAAGCAGUCUCUGUAGUAGUCACAGGAAAGCCGGGGCACCCGGAUCAAUUUCCAUAUAUUGAUUCAUGGCUGUGGUUGGCUCGAGAUCCUCCCCCUUGGGCAAGACUCCAUUCAGAAAGAGAGAGGGAAAACAUUAAUGGCACAAAAAUCGACUGAUGACAAACAAGAAAUUUGCCGGAUCCGGACGGACGCGAUUUGCCCUCUCCCCCAUCCUGGAUGACGCUCCGGCCACCUAAUGCUCACCAGGACCGGAGACCGCCUUAAUGAUCACCGAUCCCGGGCCUGCUGGGGCUCCAUCAGCUGCUCCCCCGCCAACUCCCGGGGAGAUCGUAGAGCCGCCAUCUCGGCAGGCUCCGAUCCCGGCUGUAGGAGCCUCUGGUCAUCGUCCACAGGGCUCAGCCUCAGCCGAACCUCCUUAGCAGUAUCCGCCUCUCCCGGUGAGUAGUGACGCAAAGGGGGAAGGAGACACAGGAAUUAGACAGAGGCUGCACUCCUCCAAGGGGGAGUGGGGAAAGGGUCCCUCAACAAAUGCCUCACAGAGAGCUGCAACAGCCUCCGAUUCAGGGAGCAGACAGACACUACCACCAGCCUCCCUGAACCUACUAUUACCAACCAUGUUCCUCUAUGGACCUACUAUAUUGGCAGAAACUCACUCCACCGUACUAGGAGGAGCCACAAGGCAUAUCAGUCUGAUGGAGACUAUUUUUCGAACCUACUGUCUUACGUGGGGCAACAUAAUCCAGCUGCUAGUCACCCUCUUUAGCACUGAAGAAAGACACAGGAUCCAUACUGAUGCUAGAAAAUGGCUACAAGAAGUGGCCCCCGGGUGUACCGUAAACAAGGUCUCAAGAGGGCGGCCCCUACUCCUACAACUAUGGCAAAACCUACUGAAGUAGUCCAAAAGCAAACUGAAACACCUACUGAGUUUUAUGAAAGACUAUGCAAGACCCAUAGACUUUAUACAUUAAUAGAUUCAGAGGCAGCUUGGUCUCAAAUUGUGAUAAAUACAGGCUUUGUAUCUCAAGCCUACCCUCAUAUCAGGCACAAGCUCCAAAAGGUAGAUGGAGUAUUAGCCAUGAGCAGCUCACAAAUAGAGAUUGCUAGUAAGGUGUUCAGAAAAAGAGACAUGUAGGCAAAAAAGAAGGCUGAGAAAAAAAGGAGAGAAGAUAACAAGAGAGCAGAUCAGAGGAUCGAGUUAUUGGCGGAGGCCUUGGGAAGGCCCUUCCCUGGGCCUUCCCCAAAACCUCCACCCCCUCUAAAUCAGCGUUGGUCUCCUGGCAAUCCUCCUACAAGGAAGCCCAGGACUGCCCUGCAACCAAAUCAAUGCGCCUGAUGCCGAGGCUUUGGCCAUUGGAAAAAUGAAUGGUCCCAGAAAAGCUGGGAAAAAUAACUGGCAUUGGCUGUUUUAGGGCUGGCUGAACUGGAGGCUGAAUAGCGGUGCUGGGGCUCAAAGACACAAGGUCCCCAAGAGCCCAUGGUAAAACUAAAAGUGGAGGACCAAAUUAUUGACUUUAUGGUGAAUACUGAAGCAGAAAUAUCAGUGGUGACCGAACUGGUAGCCCCCCAGAGAAGGUCCAUUGCUGCAGGAGUAACCAGGGACAAGCUGAUUAGACCAUUCUGUCUACCCCAAAAAUGCCAGAUUUGGGGGGGGGGGCUGGGAAUCAAGUGACUCAUGAAUUCCUGUAUAUACCUGAAUGCCCAGUAUGUCUGUUGUAGAGAGACUUGUCUAAAUUGGGGGCACAAGUGACCUUUCCCCCCAAGAAAGACCCAUUCUCCAGUGGCCUCGACCACCUAUUUACUUAUCCUCUUGGUAACCCCUCAAGAUGAAUGGAGGCUGCAUGAUCCUUCGGAAAGGAAGCCAGAUGGGUUAAACAAUCCAGAGAGAGAGCUGAUCCAACAAUUCCCUGAGGUUUGGGCAAAAGAUACACCCCCCUCCCCCCACAACGCCCCCGCCCGGGCUCACCAAACAUCAAGCUCCGGUGGUAAGAGAACUCAAACCUGGUGCCAUACCAGUCAGGAAAUGUCAGUACUCGCUACCGCUGGAGGCCCAAGUUGGCAUCUUGCCGCAUAUAAAUAGGCUACGGCAGGCGGGCAUCAUGAUUGAAUGCCAGUCAGCCUGGAACACACUGAUCCUGCCAGUUAAGAAGGAAGGGGGACAGGAGGACAGGCCUGUACCAGACCUCAUACUGGUCAACCAAGCAGCCAUAACUCUACACUCCACUGUUGCUAACCCAUAUACCUUACUCAGCCUCCUCCCACCGAGUGAUAAGAUCUAUACUUGCCUGGAUCUAAAAUUUUGUCUCUACAUUGCACCGGUAUCUGAACCCAUUUUUGCCUUUGAAUGGGAAGAUCCAGCAGGGAGCACCAAACAGCAGCUCACUUGGACUUGCCUCCUACAAGGAUUUAAGAAUUCCCCGAUCAUUUUCAGGGAAGCCUUGGCUUCCAAUCUGGACUCAUUCCAACCAGAAAGGUUUAGAUACUGGCUGCUACAACACGCGGACGACCUGCUGUUGGCUGCAGAGAAUAAAGAACACUGCUGGGAAGGAACUAAGGCUUUGCUAGAACUGUUGAUGGAGGCUGGCUACCGAGUUUCGAGGAAAAAGGCACAGAUCUACAAGGAGGAGGCGGACCCUCACGUAAUUGUGAAGAAAUCCUGGAAGAAGUUUAUGCUAGCAGACCUGACCUGAGAGACCAGCCAAUCCCGGACCCAGAUUGGGUCCUGUACACUGAUGGUGCCAGCCUGGUGAAACAAGGACAACGGCUGUCAGGGUAUGCGAGAAUCAUCGAGGCUGGUUCUCUGCCACCUCACUGGUCUGCUCAACAGACUGAAUUAUGGGCUCUCAUUCGGGCCCUCCCGUUGUCAAAAGGUAAGAAGACUAACGUUUAUAUUGACUCUAAGUAUGUUUUUGCUACUUUGCAUGUGUAUGGGGCCCUAUACAAGGAGAGAGGGCUCUUGAUAGCUAACGGAAAAGACAUUAAAAACAAGGAAGAAAUCUUGACCCUACCAGAUGCUGUAUGGGAACCUGAAAAAGUAGCGAUAAUAUAUUGCUGGGCUCACCAAAAAGAGGGCACCCUGCAGGCGUGGGGAAACCGACAGGCAGACAGAGCUGCAAAACCAGCCACUGAAGAAUUUGGAGGCACUGGGGUGGGAUUGUUAAGACUCUUGUGCUCUUGAGAAUGCCUGAGUUAACUUCAACUCUCCCACAGUAUACCCUGGCCCAAGACCAAGCUGGCUGAAACAGAAAGGGCCACCAAGAAUGAAAAGGGCUGAUGGGAACUGCUGGAUGGCAGGUUGCUGGUUCCCGAGAUAAUGGCCUCUUCAUUAGUGUCUCAGGUACCCCAGACAACCCACUUGGGAUGUGACAAAAUGGAAGAAUUAAUUCGGAAAUAUUUUUUAAUACCACGGCUUUCUUCCUUGUGUAAAAUGGAAUCCCAGAACUAUUCUGCUUGCUCACAGGUCAAUGCUGCCCCUGGGCAUAAGCAGAAAUCUCUGGGAAUACAAUUAAAGGGUACUCUGCCCUUUGAACAUUUAGAAGUGGACUUUACUGAAAUGAGACCCUACUGGUAUUAUCAUUAUUUACUAGUCAUGGAACAUACCUUUUCAGGUUGAGUGGAGGCGUUCCCCACCUGAACUGAAAAAUCAAAUGAAGUGGCUCAUUGUCUGAUUUGAGAAAUAAUCCCCAGAUUUGGGUUCCCAACCAGUAUAGGAUCUGACAAUGGCCCUGCUUUUGUAGCCGAUUUAAUUCAACAAGUAUGUAAACCUCUAAAUGUCAAAUGGAAAUUACAUACAGCAUAUAGGCCCCAGAGUUCCAGAAUGGUGGAAAGAACUAACCAAACCCUAAAAGAUACACUUUCAAAAUGGAUCAUAAAGACUGACUGCUCAUGGAUGGACUUACUUCCAGUGGCCUUGCUCAAAUUAAGAAUGACCCUGUGUUCCCAUGGUUAUUCUCCUUAUGAAACUGUCUAUGGAAGACCCCCUCCCAUAGUAAGACAGGUGUUGGCAAAUUUGCCACGUAAGAGAGGAAUGGGAUGUCCCAGAGGAUGGAAUAAUUAGGUAAAGUGAUAAACCAGGUAACUAAGUGUGUCCAAGAAUGGGUGUCAUUCCCCCUUGGGGAGCAGAUUCAUGAAUUUGCGCCCGGUGAUCAAGUGUGGGUCAAGGACUGGAAGCAUGACUCCUUGGCCCCACAUUGGGAAGGUCCAUAUACUGUUGUACUAACUACACCUACGGCAGUUAAAGUUGCAGGUGUCACUCCCUGGAUCUAUCACACGAGGGUGAAGAGGACAUACCAUACAGACCUGGAGGACGCUAAGUGGACUACACAAAAGGACCCCACUGAUCUCCGUGAAACCAAGAUCAUCUUAAAAAGAAAAAAAUGAAGCUCUGCAAUCAACUCCUACUACAUGGACUUUCUGGUAUCCUGGGACUAACCAUAAUUUCAGCACAAGACAAUGUUUUCAUCUCAUGGGCACACUCCUACGCUGACUUCCAUAAUAGAUCUAACUGCUGGGUGUGUGGAGCUAUGCCCAUGUCUGUCAUGAAUGGACUCCCAUGGUGGGUGUCGCCUCUACGAAGGGGUGACAUGCCUAGUUUAUGUGACUAUUUUCUUCAGAUGAAACAACAGAAGUCAAGUGUGGAAACUGUCAUUACAGCAGCCACUACUCAUUGGUUCGAUAAAAAGGCUGAUGAUCUGACAAAAGGUCAUGGGAUACAUUUUAAUUAUAUUCUUAGCUCAGAAAAUGCUUAUCAAUAUUAUGUGACAGCCAAUAAGUCCAAACAAUUAAAAAAAAAAACAGGUAUUUUGACCAA